GGUGUUCCCGUUUAGCCAACGUUCUUUUGCCAUUUUCAGCCUUGGGUGAAUUUCGACUUGUUCUAUUGUCCAGCCUACCCCUGGUUCUGCCGAUUGCACUUUUAAGACAGUCCCAUAGCCGCAAGUGCAUAAUAUUCCCCCAUUGAAAGCCAACGUAAAGUCACUUUUUGAAAAUAAAGAUACCUUGCGCUAUACCAUCGAAAUUAAGAUAUCUCUAGGACCUUCAGUUGAAGAUGUUAGAUAUUCGGAGCUUGCUCGUCAAUACCACUAUCCAAACUGGAAACAACCCUACUGCGGUGAAUCUCGGCUGACAUUAGCUGGAAAACUACGCUAGGUUAGCGUAGCUGUUUGAAAAUGAUACCAACAAAGGUGAGAUGGUGUCGGCAAGAGCAACUAGCUAGUAAUUAUUGUAAUGAAACAGGUCGUUACAUUAUGUUGACUAAGUAAUACGUUACUUUUAAAUAUGUUAUUUGUUUAAAUAAUUAUUAGCUAGCAGUUGCUUUUACCGACACCAUGUCCCAUCCUUAGCUAGUUAGCCAUGUGAAAUAAGAUACAUUUUCAUUUGCUAGGAUUCAGGAAGCCAACGUGGCUUGCAGUUUGAACCAACUAAAGUUAGCUAGUAGCUGUAGCUACCUACGUGUCUCUGGAUAAGCGCGUCAGCCAAUUACUAAAAUGUAAUGUGAACGUUGGCUAGCAAUGACCAGCCAAGACCUGUGAAUCUAACAACACGUCAGUUUGUUAAUGUCAGGGGCGCUAUCUUGCUUGCAAGCUAACGUUAGCUAACUGUUUUCUUUUCAGCUGAGUAAGAAGGACCCAACCCCUCAGCUCAUCCCAGCAAAACAAGCAGAGAGUAAAGAGUGUGGGGUAUCCAGAAUUUUGCCCAGUCACUCGGUCCAGUUUAUUUGGCUUGAUCCUGGAUCAGAACUGUGUUGAAACGCACCAGAACAAUCGCUUCGACGAAAAUAACAACGUUAUACCUUGCGUUUUAGUCAGCUAGCUUGUUGAAGCUUAGCAAGAAAAGUGCACGAUUCAGAAAUGGCCACAGCCGGAACAGUUCAUUCAGGUCCAGCGAGUUCCACUGUAGGCUCAACUGGGACUCAGAAGAUAGCUUCUUUAGAGGUUCUAGGGUCCUCAGGCUCGUCUCAAACUAUAAAGAAGACUAUUGGCCACCGUGGGCUUGACUCCACUGGGGAGACCACCUACAAGAAGACUACAUCGUCUGCCCUGAAAGGUGCCAUCCAGUUGGGCAUCACACACACAGUGGGCAGCCUGAGCCAAAAACCUGAGAGAGAUGUACUCAUGCAGGACUUUGAAGUGGUGGAGAGCAUCUUUUUCCCCAGUGAGGGCAGUAACCUGACCCCAGCCCACCACUACAGUGACUUCAGGUUCAAGACCUACGCUCCCAUCGCCUUCCGCUACUUCAGGGAGAUGUUUGGUAUCCGACCAGACGAUUACCUGUACUCGCUGUGUAACGAGGAACUGAUUGAGCUGUCCAACUCUGGAGCCAGCGGAUCUCUGUUCUACGUCUCCAGCGAUGACGAGUUCAUCAUUAAGACUGUGCAGCACAAAGAGGCUGAGUUCUUACAGAAACUAUUGCCUGGCUACUUCAUGAACCUGAACCAGAACAAGAGAACCUUGCUGCCGAAGUUCUACGGUCUCUACUGCAUCCAGGCAGGAGGAAAGAACAUCCGCAUUGUUGUCAUGAACAACCUGCUCCCGCGCGCCGUGCGCAUGCACCUCAAGUACGACAUGAAGGGCUCCACCUAUAAGAGACGAGCCUCGGCCAAGGAGCGAGAAAGGGCUGUGCCCACGUUCAAGGAUCUGGACUUCAUCCAGGACCUUCCCGAUGGUCUUCUGUUGGAACCAGAAAAUUACAACGCCCUCAGCAAGACCAUCCAGAGAGACUGCCUGCUGCUACAGAGCUUUAAGAUCAUGGACUACAGCAUGCUGGUGGGAAUCCACAACCUGGAGCAGGCGGCCCGGGAGCGGGCUGGAGAAGAGGUGGCCGACCAGAGGCCCCCACCGUCUCAGGGCCAAAAGUCCCUCUACUGCACUGCCAUAGAGGCCAUCCAAGGAGAGGCGCACGGCAAGGGAGCAGUGGACACUGAUGACAACAUGGGAGGUAUUCCAGCACGCAAUUCCAAGGGCAAGAGGAUGCUGGUGUACAUUGGUAUAAUCGACAUUCUGCAGUCCUACAGGUUUGUGAAGAAGAUCGAGCACUCCUGGAAAGCUCUGGUCCACGAUGGGGAUACAGUGUCAGUGCACAGACCAGGUUUCUACGCUGACCGCUUUCAGAAAUUCAUGUGCAACACAGUCUUCAAGAAGAUUCCAUUGAAGACAUCCCCAUCAAAGAAGACCCGAGUGGGGACCCAGGGAGGCUUACGGAGGGCCAACACUGCAAGCUCCAGACCCUUUCCAUUCCCCCAGCCCAGCAGUAGCAGCAGUCUAGGAGUCCCAGAGACUGAGGGAGUCAGCGUGGUGCAGUCAGGAUGCCCUGACAUACCACCAAAUACCCCCACACAUGAUGUUGUCACCAGUAACUCUGAAAUAACCCUCUUCAAUUCCUUGUUGGGAAGCUCGAAGCUCGCUACCACAGCUCCCUCCGUCAGAUCUGUGGGAGAGGUCCAUGAGGCAGCCAGUACAGAGGACGCUAGCACCCCCAAAAGUUUUGAAGCCGUGACCUCAGUGUCGUCAGUUGAUGAGUGCAUCGGUGAAUGUGACGUCAUCUCACUCAGUGACAUAGUUCCUCAGACAAGCAGCUGUUAUUGAACAAUUUACUGUGAAAGACUGAAAUGGACUGUAAAUGUGAGGACAAUUAGGUCAAAGCAAAUCAAUGGAUGGGAUAAGUGUAAGAUGAAAAACUUUUUGAAGGCCUUAUGAAAGAGAAACAAUGGAAGGAUAAUGCGACAGAGGUAAAGGAGGGAAACAGAAAAAGACUAAGAGGGGUACAUUUGGAAUGCUACACACUCCAGAUGCUAUUAUGGGGACCAUACAUCCAAAAUCCAUUGAUGGGAUCCUUUUGUUUGAACUCUCCAAACCCUGCACGGGAUUAGGUAGUACUGUGUCAGUGCCUUUUCUAUUAGACCACAGUUGGUGGUGUAUUAGACAAGUACAUCUAAGUUGUAGUUGUUGUGCAUUGCAUCUCCGAACGGGUGCCUCUGUCAGGACCGGCACAUCUCUGAAACUAAGACUCCUAGUAUUGUUAUAGUCGAGGCAAUGGUAGACAUGCUACAUUAAUAAGUUGCCUUAUGUGAGAAGAGAAGAGGCUAAACAAGCCUUCACAACAGUGACCAAAUGGCGUCAAGACUGUUUCUCCCUUUUGUGAUUCAUUCAUCCUGCCUGUGAAUUGGAUUGCUGGAGAUCUUCCAUAUUGAGCUUUCCUGUACUAUACUAUCAUUGUUAUAUUGGUAUAUAUGAUUUUAUUCCAAACUGUGGCACUAUGACAGAAUGCCACUUGGUGUUCAGAAGUACUGUUUGAAGAUUUUUUAAUUAAAAAAAAAAUCUGUGACAUAUUUAGAUGUUUGGCCUUGCUCCACAAGCUCACUGUGAAUGUUACUACACACCCUGUAUGCUGGAAUGGCUAGAAUGUACAGUGUUUGGUAAACCCAUUAAGAAAGCAUUUUAGGGCAUGAAGCAAGCAGGGCCUAUAGUUUAUGUGUAAAGAUGGGUCUUAGCUAGUGCUUCGUGGCAUGAGACAGUUGAGCCUAGAGGGACUCAGUCUGGAAACAGUGUCCCCUUAUAGAACAACAUUUUACUAUGGAAAAGCACAUAUACAAGGAUCAACAAAUAGUUUCUGAACAGGAUUAUUUUUAGGGUAUGAAAGAAUACUUCUAAUGAUCCCCUAUACAUUUUUAUAACUCAUUCCACAACCAGAAUCAAUAUAGAAUGAUUUUACACUGUUAUAAUUCCUAUGUAUAAUCCCUACCUUUUCUAUAACAGGAAGCAGCCACAGCACUUCUGUAGGUGAUACUUGAGGGUUCAUGUGUGAAAUGUUGUCCCCUUUUUAGUUUUCCAUUGAUCCCCUAAUGACAAAGGUGUUAUUUUAAACAAAAUGACAGGUUCGGCCAUAGAGGAACACUGAACAAUAAUAUAAAUGCGACUUGUAAAGUGUUGGUCCCAUGUUUCAUGAGCUGAAAUAAAAGAUCCCUGAAAUUUUCCAUAUGCACAAA